GGGAGCGCUCGCGAGAUCUCAGAACAUUGGACUUGAAAGGUUCUCAGGAAGUUGAAGGACCGGGAGGAGACCCCCGGGCAAAUGGCCGGAGCUGGGCCGACCAUGCUGCUACGAGAGGAGAAUGGCUGUUGCAGCCGGCGUCAAAGCAGCUCCAGCGCUGGGGACUCGGACGGAGAGCGCGAAGACUCACCGGCUGCGCGCGCCCGGCAGCAGCUGGAGGCUCUGCUCAACAAGACCAUGCGCAUUCGCAUGACAGAUGGGCGAACACUGGUCGGCUGCUUCCUCUGCACUGACCGCGACUGCAAUGUCAUCCUGGGUUCGGCGCAAGAGUUCCUCAAGCCGUCGGAUUCCUUUUCUGCCGGGGAACCUCGUGUGCUGGGCCUGGCUAUGGUACCCGGACACCACAUCGUUUCUAUUGAAGUGCAAAGGGAGAGCCUGGCGGGUCCUCCGUAUCUCUGACCGUAAAUCGCGAGUGCCACUCAGAUCUCAUUAAACCUGUGACCGAA